UUUGCCUCCCGGAAGUACACGGUGUUGCCUGUCAGAAUCACCGUGCAGCGAAAUGGCUAAGGAAAACCAAGGCACCCAGGUAGACGGAUCUAUCACCGAAUCCACUUCUGACCCACUGAUCCCUGUCCUGCGCAUCAGCCAGCUAGAUGCUCUGGAGCUCGAUUCAUCCCUGGAGCAGCUGCUGUGGGCUCAGUUCUCCACUUGCUUCCAGAAUUUCCGCCCGGGCCUUCUCACCCCUCUGGAGCCCGAACUGAAGGCUUUGCUCCAGUUGCUCCUGUGGAGGUUCACUCUAUAUCCUGACAGCACCACAGUUGGCCAGUCUUUACUGAGCCUACGCUACCACAACACCUCCACCUCAUCUAACCUCUACAAGGCUCUGUCCCACAGGCAGAAGUUGGCUCUGCUUCUGCUCUCCGUAGUUCCUCGUUGGCUUCAAGAGCGAUCCCACAACCUCCGACUGUACCUCGGUUUGACUUCGGGACCUUCUUUUUCUGAAGGAUUCCAAAAAGCCCUCCGCAAUUCCCUUACUAUAAUCUCAGGUGUUGCCCGUCUUGCAAGCCUCAUCAACUUUCUUGUGUUCCUCAGGAAAGGUCACCACCCAGUCUUGGCUGAACGGAUGAUUGGCGCUAAGGUCGUUUUUAGCAAGCCUAACGUGACCCGGGACAUUACAUACCAGUACAUGAAUCGGGAACUGCUGUGGCACGGCUUUGCAGAGUUCCUCAUUUUUCUCUUGCCACUCAUCAACACAAGCAAACUGAAAGCUAGCAUUUAUUCCAUGGUGCUCGGGGGGGACAGAAGUAGCGGGGAUGGCGCGGGGGGUAAAGAGAUGGCGUGGCAAGAGUGCGCACUGUGUGGCGAGUGGCCAACCAUGCCUCAUACACUUGGUUGUCCACAUGUUUUCUGCUACUACUGUAUCAAAAGUCACAGCAUUGCAAACAAUUGCGUCGUCUGUCCCAAAUGUGGGACAGAGGCAAUACAACUGGAGCCUGCCAAAGUCGAGAUGUUUGUCCAGCAUUAGAUGAAAGAGUAGCAAUAUUUUGCUUUGAGGAGCAAAUUUGAGAUUAUUUUUUAUGAGGAACCUGAAAAAGCACAACAAAAAAGUCUCAUUGUAUAAUGAUGUAUAUUCAUGUAUUAAUUCUAUAUUAAUUGUUUGGACUGGGAAUAAUCUAAUGGUGUCCUCCUGUUUGACUUCACAAUUUUAUGAUGUCUAUUGUUCCUGAACACACAUUAACUGUCUAUUUAAUGUAUGUACAGUACACGUGUAUUGACAGUCCACAUUUUCUCUGGCUGGACUUUGGACAGAAGUAUUUGUCUUCGACGUACCGGACAGAGAAUGCCACAGAGCAUAUAUUUCAUUGAAGAACGUGUUGAUUUAUGCUCCGAGCGAGGGUACGUGUGUGUUUGUUGAAAUGGGAAUAUUUGUUCUGAUGAAAAAUGCAGAAAGUCAGCUGAAUAAAUAAUGGGAGGAAUUUCUGAUGCCUCUCAUCAUGGCCAAAUUA